AAGUACUUAUAGGUACAAAUGAAGCCCAAUCGAUUCAACAAAUGUAAAAUAUGAACACAUACAAGCACCAACAUACUUCAUACUAAAAUGAGAUUCAUUUCUUCAACUUUUUUUUUUAAAAGCAGCUGUAAAUUUAUCCGCUACAGUGUUCGAAAAUUUGACAAUUCAACCAGUUAAAUAUUAACAAUCCUGGACCUGAAUUUGAAUGCAAUCUACGAAAAAUUCAAGUUCGAAUUAAAACUUAAAUUGAAUAACAUAUCCUACUUUUUUUCAAUUUUGGAUGUACCUACUUAUGCACAUUUAUUAUGUAUUAGUUUUGAAAAUUUUGAUCCGAAUAUUGAAUGGCUUUUUUCAAUCUUUAAAAACGAAAAUGAAUAAACAAAAUUCAAAGUUUACAACUUAAAAGAUUGAAAAGACAUGAUUCAUGAAUUCAAAAUUUACUUAUCAACAAAUAAACAAAUAGUCAAGUAAUACGAACCUGCUCACUAAAAAAGAAAGUUUAGAACUACGAAGAUUGAAAAAAUUCAAUGCAAUUCAAAUUCAAUUCAAACAAAAGUAACCCGUAUUUUCCAUUGCACAUCAUCUACCUACCAGCUGACGAAAUGACGAAGUCUGGAAGAAAUGGUUGGUUUCAACCUGUCAACAACAAACACUGAUAAAGUGAUAAGUAAGUGGUAUUACUUAUAUGUACAGGGUGCCCAGAAACAUCGUGAACCCCAAAGAAAGUUUUUUAUUAAAAAAUAAUAUAGGUUGGCAACGUGAAAUAGAUGCAUAUGAUUGGUGCAAUGUUAUCACCUUAGUCUAGCAACCAAUCAUGUGCUAUCAUUAUUAUCAUUCAGUGUGAUCAACCGAAACAUUUGGCAAAAAACUUUUUUAGGGGUUCGCGAUAUUUCUGGACACCCUGUACUUAUUUACCUACGUGAGCUGAUAAGUGCCUAUAGGCCUACCAUCCCUACCACUAUUGUGCUUGUGAUCAGCAUUGUCUUCAGUCUUCGGUCCAUUUUGUGGUUUUAUCGUACUUCCAAUUAUUAUUGUGUAUGGGGUGCUAAAUGUAUUGUACAUAUUCAAGCGCAAUUUAGAUAAUUAUGUUUCUGAAUUUUGAUCGUUUCAAUUUUUCAACAUAGACUAGACUGUGCAACCACGAGGAAGAAAAUCACUGAACUUUACAGAAUAUUUACAUAUGCGACAGAGUUCAACGAGCCGAAUCAUGGUUGCAAUUUACCAAACAUUGUCAAGCAACGAAUACAAUGACGUCUCAGUGAAAGUUGGUGAAGAAAUUUAUCCCUUCAACCGCUUACGAUUAGCGUUGGCGUCCAACUAUUUUGAAAAAUUAUUCACCCUGGAUUAUACGGAGAAAAAUAGCGAGUUUGUGGAAAUUCGUGCCUUGGACAGCAACACGUUUUCUGUCAUAAUCGAUAUAAUUAAUGGAAAAGAUCUCGAGUCUCUUAUAAAUACCGACAACUAUGUUUCAUUAUUGAUAGCUAUGGAUUACUUGCAAAUGGAAAUCGAUUUAAAGCCGUUUGAAAGCUUCAUUGGGCGCCGCACUUACGAAAACUUGCCUUUCGACGCGCAAAUGUUGGAAUUGUGUUAUUUUAUACCUUCAAAUCGAGAUUACGAUAGCUUAAAAUGCAAAGUUCAUGUCUAUUUAUCUCAUUAUUUCAUGGAUUUCCUGACUUGUCAAGAAUUUCUAAAUCUACCUCUCAAAGAUCUCACCGAUAUUAUGAUGACUAAACGAAUCAUCGUACGUAGUGUAUACGAAUACUCCAGUGCUUAUGAGAAAGACGUUAUCAGUCGAAUUUGUGCCAAGUGGAUUUGUCAUGACGUUGAAAACAGACUGAAUGAAAUCAAUUUCAUGAAACUGGUGAAUGCCGCAAAUUAUAUGCUGUUUCGAUCAUUAUUUCGAAAAACCAUCGCCAAUCUCAGCAUUCGAUUGAAUAGUAUCGAAGAGGCGGGUACUAAAGAAGAAGAUAUCCGGAGAUGUUUUUAUCAGUUAUUGGGUCACAGCGGUGAAAUUGAUUUUAGUACUGAAACUGAUGGUCCUGAGGAGUCAAAAAUUUCAUGUACAGAGGCAGAUUGUCAUAUAGUUAAUCGAAUUGACAAGGAUGAAAAAUGGGUCAAGUUUUUCGAAGAAGGAUAUUUAUACGAUGUUACCAUUAAAGCUGGUGCAAAGACGUAUAAACUUCAUCGGUCCGUGUUGAAAACUGCAUCGGAAUAUUUCUCGGAUCUUUUUUCGGCAGAAAGGUGUGAAACUAGAUCAUCAAUUCGCGAGGACAAAGAUGAAUUGUACGUGAUAGAUAUCGAUGUUCCUACUUUUGACGCGGUUGUCCGGUUCAUAUAUUUUGGCGAUAUCGUGUUGGAUUCUCCCGUAAACUGUAUAAAAAUGCUAAAAGCUGGAGUACUUUUGAAAAUUCAGGAAUUGAUAAGUGAAAGUUCUACUUGGAUAAGGCAUAAUGCGGUGCAAUUUCGUUCUGAAGACAUACUGCAAGUGUUGGAGUCCAUAGAGCAUGGUAUAGAUUACCCGCCGAGGUAUCAUGAAACGUACCAGUUCUUAAUUAUGUAUUUUUAUUGUAAAGCGGAUGAAAACUUGACACGUAGUAUCGUUUAUCGUUUAUGGAGAAUUGCUGACAUUAUAGAAUACGUUGCAUUAUCUGAUAAGUGUAUUGCAUGGAUAUUGAAAGAUUUUCAAAAUUCAAAUUUCGAUGUCGAUGAUAUUACUCAGAUUUUAAACAAAAAACGCGGUGAAAUCACGCUGUACAGAUUUAUCAGCGGCUACUACACAUACGCUAAAAAGAAAUCACCAGUAGUCGACGUUUUUCUCAUAUUGUACACGAGUGAAAAACUGAAAUACGAGAAAUUGACGCAUCGUUGUAUGCAAUGGAUGACUUAUAAUAAAGCAGAAAUGACUGUGGAAAAUGUCAUCGAGAUAUUGAGUUUUACUCGUGGAAAGAAAGAGUUCGAUUAUGGCCAUGUAUUUUUUUUAUGCGAGUUAUUAGUUGCCACAUGGCCUGACGUGAACGAAUCUGUGUUCUGUGAGAUUUCAUGCAUCAUGCUAGAGAAAAUGCUUAGUUCGCCGAAUCUCUUCUUCAGUGAUCCUCAUCACAUCCUGGAUUUUUGCGCCAAAUGGAUCGUACUCGAUGUGAAGAACCGGUAUUGUCUGAUAUCUAAAAUCGCCCACGAUAUAAAUCGCAUUUGUAUGAUGAAUCCUGAUGAGCAUAAAAUUACUGAAAUUCCUGAAAAUUUGGAUACCUGUUUGCAACAGUUGAUCAGAGAUAAAUUAUGGGAAGUACUAUCUUCAACUUCGCUAGUUCUCCGUUCGCAUUCGAGAGAUUCGGUUACUGGAGAACGACCGGUAUUUAUAUCAUACGACUAUUCGAAAAAUGCUCACGGUGUUUUCGUAUUCAGAUGUGACAUUUUGGACAUGGAAUUCAACGUAAUCUCAUCGUUGACGCCUUUCCAGUUUUUCUUUGAUCAUUUUCAGGAGAGUGGGCCUAGUUCUUGCUCAGACAUUUUUGAUUAUUCAAUAUCGGCGACUCUAUUAGAAGAUAAUUUAUUUAUGCUUGGUCUAUUUGAUGAAAAAUACGAAUUCCUAGUUUACAAUUUAUUGUCUAAAAAACUCUAUUCCUUGGAACGUAUCCCUGAUAUGAUCGAGUGCCGUGGGAGGAGUACGAUUCUACAUUGCAACAACCAAGUGUACUGUUGUUUCGGUGAAAACGAUACCUUACUGAGAUAUUCCAUCGAAUUGAAUCGUUGGGAAGUGAUUUUGCUUGCAAAAAUAGAAGCGAAUCCGAAUCGAAUUUGUAGCAAAAAAGAUUUUCGUUGUACAAGUGACGGAAAGAAUUUAUACAGAAUUGAUUUAUCGAUGUCGAAUUCAUAUUAUGGAUUGUGUGUUGUAGAAAUUUGGAAUUUUGCACAAAACUGUUGGAUGCGUCUAUCAGAGUCGAGUUCGCUUGCUAAUGUGACUAAUGUGACUAAUGUGAAAAAUGGUAUCGCUGUAUUUUGUUCGUUGUCGUUCCUACCCGUACUUUUGUUCAAUCUGCAAUCUCAAUCGUGGAGAAAAAUCUUUCUUCCUGUGAUACCUUCAUCGUUUACUCCUUCUGGUGGACCAUUCAUUACUCAUACUCACCUUGCUAAUGAUGUAUUGUUGUUAUCUGAGAAAAAAAUAUACCAAUUACAAGAUCCGGAAGAGCAUUGGACAUUGAAGAAAGAUUUAUCUUUCAAAUCCGAUAUUAUUGGUAAUGUAGUGCUUAUUCAUCGUUCUGUAUGAACGAGACAUAUGUUUUACAAGAUAUUAUUCGAUAGGUAUAGGUACAUAUAGUAUAGGUAGGUACCUAAUAAUUUUUAUCUCAUAGUGUAUGUAUAGCUUAAGUAGAUGUUGCUUACCUAUGCUGUUUGUUCGUAUUAUUUAAACUAAUACAUAAUAGUU